AUGGCUUCCAGCGUCCCGGUGCUGCUCAUGUUCUUGGCUUUAUUCUUCACGACUAUAGUCAGCAGUGAGGAUUGUAGCAUGUUCGGGGGUAGAUCUGAAUGGUGUGAUUCUGGAAAGUUCUGCUGUGGAAUCUGUGGUGAGACAGAAAAAGGUUUCAAGAAUUUUGGACCUCCUCCAAUGGACUCUGCGCUUGAUGACGUCCUUUCCCCCGUAGUAGUAGGAGUAGUCCUCAUACUUGUGACCUCCAUCAUUGUGCUCAUCACCUGCUGGGUCUGUCCCUACUGCUGUCUCUAUAAAAGGUUCAGAAGUCCUAGACCUGUGAUUGCGACAACUACAGUCAUGACGACACAAUACCUUCCACAGGCUGACAUUCAGGGCGGUCGGUACCUUAUUUCCCAGCCUUUGCCAAAUAACCCACCUUACGGAGGCCAACCCAUGCCAGUUGGUCCUUUUAAGGGACAACCAUAUCAGGAAGCUGGUCCUGGGUAUCCUGUUCCCUUCAGCCAGGCUCCCAACGACGGUUAUCAGGCCAUGUACCCUAUACAACCAGCUCAACCACUGCUGCCCACUGACUACACCUCACCUCAACCUGCGUACAACCCCGCUUACGUGGAUUAACCGGGUACAACUUUGGCUACGCCAGUAAAGACCAGUUACUAA